AUGGGAGUGCAUAACGGAUUUGACAGCGACGAGGAGCCAAGUGCUUCGGAAGAAGUUGGUAUUUCAGUUGUUCUCAACGCCUUUGUGUGGUCGUGGGAAGCGUUUACUUCGUAGAGAGCAAGUAUUUGUGACUUAGUAGGUGUAAUUCUUCUGUGAUUCAUCGUGGUACUCAACAACAUAACUCUUCUUUGUUCUUCUACAGAACAAAAUGUUUCUCCAUGAAAUAUUUUUACCUCAUCAAACUUGCUUCUAGACUUCUUCGAAACGGCCGAGGAGAGUGCCGCAGAGGCGAAAUUGAGGCUAGCUAAGCAGUAUCUGAGCAGUUUAGAUGGCGACAGUGUAGACGCGAAGAGGAAGAGACUUCGCGAGGAUUUGGAGCAACAGAAUCCUCAGAGGGUCAGCAAUUUAGGAACAACACUGCGUUUGGUGCCAAAGAAAGCGAAAGCGGCGCAUGGCAAACAGAUGUGUAAGAAUUACAACUUGUGGUCGCGACUUGCUGUGUAUGUGAACUCAUUCGUUAUACAACUAGUAGGAAGUCACGUUCAGAGAAACUGCAACGUGUUGUAGGUCAAUGCAUACGCGUAGGAGCGGGUAAGUAAAUUCAUUCAUUCACUCACUCAAUGCAUACACACAACCAAGAGGCUACCCUCACCAACAAUUUUUGCCAUUUCAUUCAUAAAAUUGCAUCACUUUCUCAGGCACUAGCGUGUGCAUUCGUAAAGACGAGAGGAAAAUCUAUUCGGGUGGAAACGAUUGCUCUGUCGUGGAGCACGAUGUGGCAACAGGAAAACAAGUGCGAUUUGCGGGAGGCUACAAAAAGUAAUUACUUGCUGAUAGAAUGCAGUUGCACGACAAGUCUACAGUCAACCUUGUCGAGUCUUGUACUUGGUCAUCCACUUCUACCCUUUGAAUUUCGAUGGUCUUCUUCUUUACUAGCUAGAACACUCCUUCCUAAUAUAUCAUUCAUUAAAACAGGUUCGACUGCGGUGGGCACUAUGGCUCGGUGCUUUCUCUCGCUUUUUGCGAGCCGUUGAAUUUGCUGUGCUCUGUUGGGGAAGACGCGCUCUUGCGUCUGUGGGAUCCAAGACAGCCCAAUAAGUGCGUCGCAGCACUGCAUGGGCAUAAGGGACCCAUAACGAAAGUAGUUGCGGACCCAGGGACGGCACAGGUAUGGAGAUCUAUUACAUGAUUGGUAUGGAAGUUAUCAGGAGUAGCAAAGGGAGAUUGACCGUGACCAUGUUGGUCUUGCAUAUUGUCCUUGUUGUCUAUAAAUUAUACACAGAAGUUGUAGUACUAGUACUAGUACAGUAGUGCAUUGGAGGUGUUGUUCUAGGGCAAGUACUAGUAGUAGCACACUUAUCAAUAUCAGGGUUUCACUUGCAUGGCGUGCGACAACAUGUCGAUGUCUCGAGUGUCAGCUCCUGUUCUUGACAAAGCUUUUGAUCCUUUUGACAGGUUUUCACUGCAGGCUCAGACAAGAUGAUUAAGCUGUGGGACUUGCAGCAUCGUUCAGUACUGGAUAGCUACUUAGGGCAUACCGAGAAGAUUACAAACAUGGACAUUCUGCAACGAGGAAAGCCAAUCACCGGGAGUCUUGACAAGAGUGCAAGAUUCUGGAGGGUACUGCUAAACUACACUGACUAUGACUUAUACUUAGGUUAUACAACUAGAGCUCUACUCUACACCAAUUUGUAUAGGUUUACAUGGUGUUGAUUUGGAGCUACGAUGUGUAGUCCUAUGGCAAUAUGGAGUGUUACGAUGUUUAGUUCUACUACAGUAUCCUCUACGAAAGUCAACCUACUAGUAUCUUCUAGGAAAGUCAUGCACAUGCUCGUUUGAAAAUUUGAGUUUUGAAAUCUUAUUCUGUAGGACCCUAAAUGAACAUUCUGAAACUUCUGAAACUUGUUCUUGGAUAUCCAAGAAUUUUCAGUUAUAUGUCAUCUUUUUGAAAUUCAUUUCCUGAUGAAUAGCAAAGCAUUUGCUUUGAAAACAUCCACAAGGUUCAUUUUGAAAGUCAAACUUGUUGAAUAUCCAAGAGUUUUCAAUUAUAUGCCAUCUUUAUGCAAUUCAUUUCCUGAGGAGCAGCAAAGCAGCUUCGUUGAAAUGACAGAAGUUUUCAACAGAAUCUUGAUCUGGAUCACUCACUUCACCACCGUGCUAUCGUCCUCUUUCCUGCCUACUGAGUACUUGGUAACUAAUACCGCUUGAGUAUCCACUUAUACGACCAUGUAAAUCUUCACUAAUACCAUAUGAAUCUCCACUAAUACCAUAGGAAGCUCCAUUGAUACCAUAUGAAUCUCCACUAAUACCGCUUGAGUAUCCACUUAUACCAUAUGAAUCUCCAGCACGAAAGUCACCUUAUCCUUAUCUCUCACUACUCGUCCAUUUAUUACAACGUACUCCACUUACAUCCACAGACUGCCCAAGAUUCGCAUUUACUCUUUGCGAAGCAUGAUAGCAGUGUCGACGCGGUGGCUGCGCUACAGGCGAACUUGUUCGUGUCCGGCGGGCAAGAUGGCAGUCUCCAUGCCUGGUCCACGGAGAGCAGCAGGCCUGUGGCCUCAGUGGCACACGCGCAUGGUGACGGCAACUGGAUCACCGCUCUUGGGUGCGGACGUGGCAGCGACUUAGUCUUGUCAGCAUCGACAGACUGCGUCCUCAGAUGUUGGAGGCUGACAAACAAUGAACACCAAGAUGAAAGUACAACAACUGAUGACGCGGACACUCUGCUCAAGAAGUACACCCUCAAGAAGCAGAAAACUUCGUCUGGUGGUACCUCCACUAAUUCUCCUGGUACUAGUAAGAAAAACAAGUCGCACAACAAGUAUCGCUUUGAGAAGUUGCAGGAGAUACCAGUGGCAGGCAUAGUGGCAGAUAUUUGUGAAAGUGAGAACUUCUUCGUUUGCGCACACGGGAAACAGCAGAGACUGGGCCGCUGGAAUGUCCUGCAGAAAACCCCAGUCGGCACAGAAGUCGUCAACGGAAUCACGGUACUGAAAAAACGCGACCUCCUAAGCACUAGUAACAACAAGUUAGAUGAAGAAGGAGAGGAAGACGAGGAGGACGAUGGACCUUCUGCGAGCGAGGAGGAGGAGGAGCGGUCAACAUCAGCGGCUGAAGCAUUCUCAGAAGACGAGGAAGAAGAAUCGGCUGAAGAGGAAGAAGUCGAAUAGCAGGCUUUUGAUUCCUUUCUGCAAGAAUACUAGUUGGCACGAUUUUUAGAGAGAAAGGUUGUGCAAUGGGUUGCAUUCUUCGAAUGAAGAAUAGCAAAAAGCGUAAAAAGAGAUGGAGUAAUGAAUUCUUGCACCAUGAUGUUGAAGAGUGAGUUGGAAGAGGCUUAUAACAAAAUGAAGAUGAAGAACAAGUUUUAGUCUAGGUCUAGUACCUGUGAGAUGUGGUCGCUUCUUGAAAAAUUGACUAAUGAGUUGCCGUUUGACUAAUGGGGUGCACAAAGCGGUUGGUACUUUCUUUUUAACUAGUAGAAGGGUGCUGCGUGAGGAGCGCAACAUGUAUUACAGAAGAAGGUACUGGUGUUCAUCAACCAACAGGUGAACAGGAACAGAUGAACGAGUAGUUGCGCAAAAUUAUACAGUGGAGUAGACGUGUGUACUAAGUUAUAAUGAAACACUGCGUGUCGGUGUCCCACAGUGGUUGUAGAAGGGCCGACGAAGACCAUCAUCGUCCACCUCUACUAUACCCUAUGAUUGGGUACCCUACUCCUACUACUACACAACAGGAUCCUGCUCAUCCUCUACAAAAAUGUCACUGAAAAGCAGAAGAAAAAAGACUGAGCCUCUUGCCGAC